AUGCUUACACUUAAACGUUUUCCACUAAAACCGCCUCUUCAUCGUUUUCGGAAACACGCGAUUGCAUAAAGGAUUGCCAUUUCAUAGAAAAAGCCUUCCGGACAUUAUGAGCAAGCAGGCAGGCGCUCUUGGGAGAGUUGUCGCAUCAACCACGUUGCAACUUUGCACAGGGCGCUAGGUGGGAUUUUACACAGCACUGGACGCCAGCGCAUCGCAAGGCAAUACAACUUUAUACAUCCAUACAUUUUUCAACUUCUUACAGCAGAGACUUAAUUGUUCUGCGAACGUAAACUGCAUUUUUUUGGUUCUGUUUUGUGCUUCUAAAGUGUUGAACACCACAAUGCUAAAAAUAAAGAAGCACUAAGCACAAACACUUAAGUUUUCCAAGACGUGAAUACCAGAUAAGAACAAACCACGCCCAGAAGAAUAUGGCAAUAAACAGCCAACCGUACCGAAAAGCUCUAAUAACAUCUAGACCAAACUUUGCCCUUAGUAAAUUGCACCUGGGCAGUUUGGUCGUUUACUUCCGUUCCUUAUACAAUUCUGAAAUAAGGGGCCGUAUAAUAUUAUUACUUUCACCAAAGUGAUUUGUGUCACUCUCUUUCAAGCUGAACUCGUAGUGUGCUAUCAUCAGCAGAAUGUCUGGCCCUCGAGAAGUUCGAGCAACGGCCCCGCUGCGUUUAACCCAACUGGGCUUCCGUAGGGCGAAAUGUUUUGAGGUCUCUGCACGUGACCGUCUGAGCUCCUGUUUCUCGGGGUUAGGAAAUGCUUGUAUGUCAGUGUGUUGUUGUGAUUGUUAAGAAUAUUCUCGAAGUUAAAAGCACACAGAAGCAAGAAUUGUAUUUUGAGCUUUUCUACAAUAAACGGCAAACAAAUUGUUCAGGUUUCAGAGCCACUAACUACAUACCAUAAAGGUACAGAUGCGGUUAAAAGAUCCAUUCUCUUUAAAAGCUUCCGAAAUGACAAAGCGGUCAAACAGGCCAAGAAAGCCUAGAGAGGAAGAGUCCUCAGAUGAAGUCAGUGGGAUGACAUGUCAGCAUGUGAGCAAAGCAGUUGAUUUGAGCUCUGUGAAGAAAGCAGUUUCACAAAACCUGUGGUCGGUUUGUUCAGAGUGUCUUAAGGAAAGGACAGUCUAUGAUGGAGAGCCUGCAGGCCCUUUUGAUAUUUUGGUGUGUCUCAAAUGUGGUUUUCAGGGGUGUAACCAGUCUGAUGGACAGCACUCCACUAAACACUUUCAGGCUGUACAUGCAGAAUCCCACUGUAUUGUAAUGAGCCUUAGCACAUGGAAAGCAUGGUGCUAUGAAUGUAAUGAGGAAUUAUCAACACACUGUAACAAAAAAGUUCUUGCUCAGACAGUGGAUUUUCUUCAGAAGCAUUCAGCAAAGGCAUCCUCCGGAACAACAUCAAAAAUAAUAAAAAUUCGAGAAGAAACCACUGAAGGUACUGAUCUCCUAAAAGGGAAGAAUCCAGUCAACAGCACCUUUGUGCCAGUUAAAGGCAUAAACAAUUUAGGAAAUACAUGCUUUUUUAAUGCAGUGAUGCAGAAUUUGUCUCAGACACACAUGCUGAAUGAUUUGGUCUCGGAGAUGAAGGAAAAAGGAUCAAAGCUGAAGAUUUGUCCACUUAUGGAAACAAACUUGGACCCAUUGGUGGUGACCCUCCCCAGUCCAGAGCCUUUGACGUCUGCCAUGUUCUUGUUCCUGAACUGCAUGAAGGAACCAGGAAAGGGACCAGUUUCUCCAAAAAUACUUUUCAACCAGCUGUGCCAAAAAGCUCCUCGAUUUAAAGGUUACCAGCAACAGGACAGCCAGGAGCUCCUUCAUUACCUGCUGGAUGCCAUGAGAAUGGAGGAAACAAAGCGUAUAAAAGCUGGAAUCCUGAAGGCAUUUAACAAUCCUACUGAACGCACUGCAGAUGAUGAAACUAAACGGAAAGUGAAAGCCUAUGGAAAAGAAGGAGUGAAGAUGAACUUUGUUGAUCGGAUCUUUGUUGGUGAACUCACUAAUACAAUCAUGUGUGAGGAAUGUGAACAUAUCUCGACUGUGAAGGAAGCAUUCAUUGAUAUUUCUCUACCAAUAAUUGAAGAAAGGGUUUCUAAACCUGCCAAUCCAGGAAGAGGGAGCAAAACCAACAAGCUACAGGAGAGAGAGCAGGAUCAGUUCAUUUUGUCUGGUGACAACACAGCUACGGUCACACUGGCUCAUUUGCCCAAAAAUAGCAAGAAACACAGUACAGCGAAGGACAAGAUUCAGCAGAGCAACUUGAAGAAGCAUGAAAGGAAAUCUUCCUUUGGUUCUGAAGAGAGAAAUAAUGAUUAUUCCCAGACCCGUUCAGAGGAGGACUUGGCUGGAGAACCCAAGAAUAAUUACAAGGACACUGGUAGUUCAAAAGUGGCUAAUGGAAGUCAAUCUGAGGCAAGUGAGAAAGAUGGGAGUCACUUGGAUAGCAGCAAUGAUGCAGACAGUGAGGCCUCAGAAAGUGAAAGCACUUCAAAGCACACUUUAAACAGCAGCAGCGCUGACUGUUUCAAUGCUGGCGGCUCCAAUCAGACCCAGUUAAAGAGUGACUUGUUUCACAGCAAACAAAAGGAUGGCAAUCACAUUGACCAUCUCGCAAGUGCAAUGUCCAGACUUGGCCUUUGCCAUAACGUGCAUGAAUCCGUGAUCCAUACUCAUAGUCAGGAAGAACAAACAGACAUCAUGUCAAAUAACAAAGAUGCAUCAAAGGAGAAACCCUUGAUAUCCCAGAAUCCACAAAUAGCUUUCCAAUCCUUGUCACAUAGCUAUGUGCCUUGUUCCAAAGAAUGCUCUGUACAGUCAUGUCUGUAUCAGUUUACUUCAGUGGAAUUACUGAUGGGUAACAACAAAUUGCUGUGUGAGAACUGUACUGAAAAAAGACAAAAACAUCUGAAAAAGACCAUUACAUCAGAAAAAAAAGUGGAAAAGGUUUAUACCAGCGCUCGUAAACAAAUGCUCAUCUCAUCUUUACCUCCUGUUGUCACUCUUCAUCUCAAACGGUUUCAUCAGGCUGGUAUGAGUCUGCGCAAAGUGAAUCGUCAUGUGGACUUUCCCUUGGUCCUGGAUUUAGCUCCGUUCUGUUCAGCUUCUUGCAAGAACAUUGUGCAGGGGGAGAGAGUGCUGUACGGCCUGUAUGGAAUCGUAGAGCACAGCGGCUCAAUGCGGGGGGGUCAUUACUCCGCUUACGUGAAGAUCAGAGGGCCCCAUAGGAAACUGGAGCAGAGGAGGAAUGUUGCAGGCCAGAAGGAAGCUGCUGCAGCACCUCCUGGACAGUGGGUUUACGUCAGUGACACACAUGUACAGGUGGUUCCUGAAUCAAGAGUCCUCGGUUCUCAAGCUUAUUUGCUUUUCUAUGAAGAAAUGUAGUAAUUGUUCUGGAAGGUAUCAGCCUGCUUUUUGUCUUCAAGUACGUAACGCUGUUCCAGGUGCCUCAUGAAAGGAUAAGCGUAUGAGAAAAAAGAUUACAUAAAAAAAAGCUUUUCUGCUUUUACUUUUUCAAUUCAGCACAUCAGAAUUUCCCCUUGAUGUCAAUGACAUGCAUGGUAAGCUGUAUAUAUUUUAUUUUUGCUAGAAUAAAUGGUAUCAUUCUAAAACAAUAAAAACUAUGAUCCUAUCAAUUGGUUUUCUAUAGAAAAGAAUCAUUUGUUUACUGUAUAUGAUUUGAAAGAUUCUGUCAAUAUAUAAGAAAGGUUAAGAAUGUGUAACUUGAUUUGUUUAUAUGAUAUAAAAUGUAUCAGAAUAGUAAAGUUGUUUAUAUAUAGCGCGCAAGACAAAAUCUAUUGUUUUCUUUUUAUAGUUUUUUAAAAUUAUUCUAGUUACUGGGUUAUUUUUCAAAUUGUUAUUCCAAAGAUUUUGUAAAAUUGAACUCCUAGCACAGUUUGGUAGGUAAGGUGUCUGGGUUAAUUCUGUGCCACAAAAACAUUCUUGGAAGCAAGAAUGAAAACCCAUAUAAUCAGUGUAUCUCUAAUAAUCAAAUUGUUAGAUUUAUUUAAUGUUACAUGUUCCUCUUUCAUUAUUGCUUUUCCCUGAAUAGAAAAUGUAACACUGCAAACGUACUGCUACUUUCUUUUUAAUUAUUACAAAUAUUUAAAUAUUUUCCUAAAAGGAUCAUAUAAAGAAAAUAUUUAUAGAUAGCUUUUAGUAGUAUAAACACUUUGUAUUCUUUCCAGAGCAAUACAAUUGUGAAAUGUUAGGUCAAAUCUUAGAGGUCAAUUCAAGCAGAAUGAGAACCAGAGGUCAUGCUGUUGUUUUAGAAAAACAAACCUGUUUAAUAAUAAUGUUUUUUUAUGGGGAAGAGCCUAAUUAAGAGUAUGUCAUGGAGCACAUUGUGGCAUGCUCUUCAAUGAUCAUUGAUAUCUGAUUUACUUUUGUUGUACCAUUUAACUGUUUUAGUGUUGUUAAUUGGGUAAAGUUCUGAAGUCAUAUGGUUUAAUUUUAAAUAAAAAAGGCAUGCCAUACAUAUAGGCAUUCAAUUAUUUCAUACUUGUAUCUCUUUAGAUUUUUUCAACUGCAUUGAAAACAAAAAACACAACAGCACUGUAAGCAAAACAAAAUUGGCAAAUGGGGAAACUUUGAUUUGUGUUAUUACUUUUAUGAUUUUGUUUAUAGUUCCAUGGUAAUUUGUGGAUUUUUUUAGAAGUGGGUGUGUGGAUUAUCAUUUUGCAAGUGAUUUUCAUUGUUUUAAUUAUUUCAUAAAUGUAGAACAAAAAAG